CUCAUCUCCACAUUUUCGGCCUUCAAUAUAAGGCCGCAUUUAAUAUUCCAAGAUUUUCUCCCUCCCAGUCUCCUCUCUUUGUAAUCAUUUGGGUUAGACGGACCUACAAUGUCCAAGACCCUGCGAUCAAGAACUGGCUGCUGGACUUGUCGCAAUGAUGGCUACAAAUGCGAUGAGAAGAAGCCAUUUUGCCGUCGUUGUCUACGACUUCACAAAACCUGCACCUAUGGCGCCCGACUAAGGUGGCGGACGAACACUUCGUCUAACGCUUCUGGCGAGCGACCCGACAAACCCGUUCAACAAGGAACACAAGCCGUCGUUCCCAUGACUAGAAUUCCCGAUGUAAAAUUCGGGGAUGAAAAACUAGUACAUCACUGGCACACCACUUUAGCCGAUGUCAUCUCCAUGUCUGCUCGGCCAAACAAUCCCUUUCUAUCACACCUCACCCGAUUCAUAUCGCAACCAUGCGCCCUCAGAUCGGUUGUAACUUCGAUGGCAGCGAGUCAUCUCGCUAUUCUGGAUCCAAACAGCAAUUUGGAUGUUCUGGCGAUACAGCACAGGUUGCAGGCCGUCAUCUAUCUUCGCGAGAGCAUCGCCACCGCCCACCCUGAAACUUCUCUUGCUACCAUAAUAUUGUUACUGAUUGCGGAGAAAGUAUUCACAACAGAUUCUAAAAUCGAUCACUUGGAAGGUGCAAAAGCGCUGAUUCGCAAGAAUGGUGGUCCAAGGGCCUGGUCCUCUUCAGCUGGUCAAUUUCUGUUGGGAGUGUGUUGGUACCAUGACGUUUUAUCAUCCGUGUCCAAACGCCGACCACUUCUUCUCGACUUAGAGAACCAACUUGUAGAGGGAUUGCCGACCCUCUCAAACUUAAGCCUGGUGCUUUCCCUAGUGGGUGAAAUAAGCAAAUUGGGGUCGGAUCUUGAAAAGGGUGGAGGGGACGGCGGAGCAGCCCAAGCAAUCUUUAGCCAGCUGGUUUUACUCGAGGAAUCGGAACCUCUCGACACCAACUCACGAAACGUUGAGAUUUUUCGACAAGCGGCGUUCAUUUAUUUCUACCGAUCAACAACACCAACCGAGUUCUCUAACAGCGGCAUCCAGCAUCACGCGAGAUUAUGUCUCGAGCACCUCGCCAACAUACCAUGCUCAUCACCUCUUAUUUCAUCACACGUUUGGCCCUUGUUCACCGCUGGUUGUGAAACUGUCGACCCUGAUAUGAAGGAAUUUGUUCUGCAGCGGUUAGAUGACAUGUGUCAGACCCGGCGAUUGACGUACUUGGAAAGAGUCAAACAAGAUAUUAUAGGAGUUUGGUACAUGAAGAAUCUUCGGCGGGGUGAGAGCGGACGAGAUGAUAUAGACUGUAUCCAUGCUAUCAAAAACACACACCAGCGAGAGGCUGAUAUAAUUUAGUACGAUAGGUGGCUUUACAGUCAACUGCGACUUGUAUGGAAUUUAAUGUCAGUCGA